CCACCUAAAAAGCAUGAGAAAAGAUAGAAAAAACUAUUGUAUAACUAUUGGAGAUUCCAUUGCCAUUGAUAACAUUCUGACACUGCAGUGUAUUUUUUGAUUUUUGUUACAAAACUACAAGUAAAUGUUCUACUGGUUCUUGAAGAUAUAUAAGAAAUACCAUUAGCAUUUGAACCGUUUUUUCUAAAUAGAUGAUACUUAGAAAUCUAAUUGGAUAGAGUUCACUCGCUCUAGUAAGUUCUAUUAAGAUAGAAAGCUAUAAUAGGUAGAAAGUUUUCUGUUGAGCUCUCUAUGGAAAAUUCUAUUUUGAAAAUGAAUACAUUUUGAUUUAAACGAUACAGAGGAGUCAAAAUGGACACAAUCUUGUUGUGGAGUCUCCUAUCGCUGUUUUUUGCAAGUCAAGCCUCAAGACGCUCAGCUCAAAAAAAUACCGAAUUUGCAGUGGAUCUUUAUCAAGAGCUUUCCUUAUCUCAUAAGAACAACAUUAUAUUUUCACCCCUUGGAAUAACUUUGGUUCUUGAGAUGGUACAACUGGGAGCCAAAGGAAAAGCACAGCAGCAGAUAAGACAAACUUUAAAACAACAGGAAACCUCAGCUGGGGAAGAAUUUUUUGUACUGAAGUCAUUUUUCUCUGCCAUCUCAGAGAAAAAACAGGAAUUUACAUUUAAUCUUGCCAAUGCCCUCUACCUUCAAGAAGGAUUCACUGUGAAAGAACAGUAUCUCCAUGGCAACAAGGAAUUUUUUCAGAGUGCUAUAAAACUGGUGGAUUUUCAAGAUGCAAAGGCUUGUGCAGAGAUGAUAAGUACCUGGGUAGAAAGAAAAACAGAUGGAAAAAUUAAAGACAUGUUUUCAGGGGAAGAAUUUGGCCCUCUGACUCGGCUUGUCCUGGUGAAUGCUAUUUAUUUCAAAGGAGAUUGGAAACAGAAAUUCAGAAAAGAGGACACACAGCUGAUAAAUUUUACUAAGAAAAAUGGUUCAACUGUCAAAAUUCCAAUGAUGAAGGCUCUUCUGAGAACAAAAUAUGGUUAUUUUUCUGAAUCUUCUGUGAACUACCAAGUUUUAGAAUUAUCUUAUAAAGGUGAUGAAUUUAGCUUAAUUACCAUACUUCCUGCAGAAGGUAUGGAUAUAGAAGAAGUGGAAAAACUUAUCACUGCUCAGCAAAUCCUAAAAUGGCUCUCUGAGAUGCAAGAAGAGGAAGUGGAAAUAAGCCUCCCUAGAUUUAAAGUAGAACAAAAAGUAGACUUCAAAGAUGUUUUAUAUUCUUUGAACAUAACCGAGAUAUUUAGUGGUGGCUGCGACCUUUCUGGAAUAACAGAUUCAUCUGAAGUGAAAGUUUCCCACGUCAUGCAGAAAGUUUUCUUUGAAAUAAAUGAAGAUGGCAGUGAAGCUGCAACAUCAACUGGCAUACACAUCCCUGUGAUCAUGAGUUUGGCUCAAAACCAAUUUGUAGCAAAUCAUCCAUUUCUGUUUGUUAUGAAGCAUAACCCAACAGAAUCAAUUUUGUUUAUGGGAAGAGUGACAAAUCCUGACACCCAAGAGAUAAAAGGAAGAGAUUUAGAUUCACUGUGAAUGAAAACACAGCCUCAGAAUAAAAGAUGAUUUCUCGAAAAUAGUUGAUUGGCUAAAUAUCAUCAUCUUGACAAUAUUUGCUCUAUAUCUUAUAUCUUUUCUGUUUUAAACUGUGCCUGUGUUAAUAGAUAUCUGUCUUGAUGAAUAAGUAAAGUUAGGUAUGCAUUUGUUUC